AUGUCUACAGUGCACGAAUGGGGCGGCGUCUUUGCACGUGGUCUCGUCGGGUUCGUGCACCUCAUCUCCUGCAUUCUCUCCACAUCCACAGCUGCACCAUCCCGUACCUACUCCCCGUGCUCGCUCUCGAUGCGCGCCAGCUUGUCUACAGCCACGCAUGCUAGCCGUCCACCGUCUUGCCAUGUCGAGAUUGUAGGGCACGCCGCGAAGCGUGAGGAGGCAGUUGAUGGACACGUUUUGCGCUUGCGCGUGCUGGUCCGCGUCCAGGCAGAUGUUGCACAGCGUGCAAAACGUCCAGUGGAAGACGUGCUUGUGCUCACCGAGGAGGCCGAGCGGCGGCAGAAGAGCCCAGUCCCGUCCGGGGCAGGAUACGUCGGAGGGGCAUGGGCAGUGAAGGGUUAG